CUUCCUUCAGGCGGGAGCGCGGAGCGCCAAGUCGACGAGCGCAGCCAAUGGGGGGAUGCGGCGGCCGAGUGGCGGGAGGCUCUGUUGACACUGCCUGCGGGCUGUUAACGCGUGCUCUGGAAGGAGGAAGAUUCGGGGAGAGAUACCGGAGUCGCUCUUUGCCGCUGCUAAGAUUCUCCUUCUGCCAGCCUAGAUCUCUUACUGGUCCUUCCCGGGCUCCUGUUUAACUUCCCUCAGCUCUUUCCUGACCUUGACCUUCCUCGACUGAGGUUCGGCAUCAGUCCAGCUGUGGUAAAUUCCGGUUCCCCUCCGGAGGAUCCAGGCACCUCGCCUUCGUACUUAAGCCUCUGAUUUUCUGGUGACUGGUGAUACCUUCAGGGAGGCAGCCCAGCUAGCUAGGGACAUUAUUCCGACUCCACCUUGCUCAUCUGCAACCUCAUCUGCUUCCUCUCCCGUUAACUUAGAUAAUAGCCGACUCCGCCUGGACUUGCGCUUUGGAUUUCUUGAGACUUGGGUAACUGGCGACAUUCCCAUUUUGGACCCUAGCCUCUUCUGGUUGCGUCCCUCCCACUCAUGCCGACUCCUUAGAAAACCUUUUCAGUGAUCUAGCAGCUCGCCUCUGUAACAUCCCUUGGUCUUGCCUUCUGUUUUUGAGUGUUUUUAACUUGGCUGAUGGGUGCUUGACAUCUGAUGCUUCUGCGCCCAGGAUGAGGAGGAGCUUAGCUCCCAGCCAGGUGGCCAGGAGGAAACCAGAAAGCAGAUCAUCCGAUGAUGAAGACUGGGAUCCUGGCACAGUAACUCCCAAGAAACGCAAGUCCAGUGAAGAGAUCCAGCCCCAGCAGUGUUUCCUGUCCCCCUUUCGGAAGCCUUUGACUCAGUUACUCAACCGACCACCAUGUCUGGAUAGCAGUCAACAUGAAGCAUUUAUUCGAAGCAUUUUGUCAAAGCCUUUCAAGGUCCCCAUUCCAAAUUAUCAAGGUCCUCUGGGUUCUCGUGCAUUGGGCCUGAAAAGGGCUGGUGUUCGUCGUGCCCUCCAUGACCCUCUGGAAGAAGGUGCCUUGGUUUUGUAUGAGCCUCCCCCACUGAGCGUCCAUGACCAGCUGAAGCUUGACAAGAACACACUCCCUGUCCACGUGGUUGUUGAUCCUAUUCUCAGUAAGGUGUUGCGGCCUCACCAGAGAGAGGGAGUGAAGUUCCUGUGGGAGUGUGUCACCAGUCGUCGAAUCCCUGGCAGCCAUGGCUGCAUCAUGGCUGAUGAGAUGGGCCUGGGAAAGACACUACAGUGCAUCACACUGAUGUGGACACUUUUACGCCAGAGCCCAGAGUGCAAGCCAGAAAUUGAGAAAGCAGUGGUAGUGUCACCUUCCAGCCUGGUGAAGAACUGGUACAAUGAGGUUGAGAAAUGGCUUGGAGGGAGGAUUCAACCUCUGGCCAUUGAUGGAGGCUCUAAGGACGAGAUAGACCGAAAACUGGAAGGAUUCAUGAACCAGCGUGGAGCUAGAGUGCCUUCUCCCAUUCUUAUCAUUUCCUAUGAGACUUUCCGCCUUCAUGUUGGAGCCCUUAAAAAAGGAAAUGUUGGACUGGUCAUAUGUGACGAGGGCCACAGGCUUAAGAACUCUGAGAAUCAGACUUACCAGGCUUUGGACAGCUUGAAUACCAGCCGGCGGGUGCUCAUCUCCGGGACACCCAUCCAAAAUGACUUGCUUGAAUAUUUCAGCUUGGUGCACUUUGUUAAUUCAGGCAUUUUGGGAACUGCCCAUGAGUUCAAGAAGCAUUUUGAGCUGCCAAUUUUGAAAAGUCGAGAUGCAGCUGCCAGUGAGGCAGAUAGGCACCUUGGGGAGGAACGUUUGCGGGAGCUCAUCAGUAUUGUGAAUAGGUGCCUGAUACGGAGAACAUCGGAUAUCCUCUCUAAGUAUUUGCCAGUGAAGAUUGAGCAGGUGGUUUGUUGUAGGCUGACACCCCUUCAAACUGAGCUAUACAAGAGAUUUCUGAGACAGGCUAAGCCUGAGGAAGUAUUGCGUGAAGGCAAGAUUAGUGUGUCUUCCCUGUCUUCUAUCACCUCUCUGAAGAAGCUGUGUAACCACCCGGCUCUCAUCUAUGAGAAGUGUGUGGCAGAGGAAGAUGGCUUUGAGGGUACUUUGGAUGUCUUCCCACCUGGUUAUACUGCUAAAGCUGUAGAGCCACAGCUGUCAGGUAAGAUGCUGGUCCUUGAUUACAUUCUGGCCAUGACUCGAAGCCGGAGCAGUGACAAAGUCGUGCUGGUGUCUAAUUAUACUCAGACAUUGGAUCUCUUUGAAAAGCUGUGUCGGGCUCGAAGGUAUUUGUAUGUUCGCCUGGAUGGCACAAUGUCCAUUAAGAAGCGAGCCAAGGUUGUGGAGCGCUUUAAUAGUCCAUCAAGCCCUGAUUUUGUCUUCAUGCUGAGCAGCAAAGCUGGGGGCUGUGGUCUUAAUCUCAUUGGUGCUAACCGGCUGGUCAUGUUUGAUCCUGACUGGAACCCAGCCAAUGAUGAACAAGCUAUGGCCAGAGUCUGGCGUGAUGGUCAAAAGAAGACCUGCUAUAUUUACCGACUGCUAUCUGCAGGAACAAUCGAGGAGAAGAUCUUUCAGCGACAGAGCCAUAAGAAGGCACUGAGCAGCUGUGUGGUGGAUGAAGAGCAGGAUGUAGAACGGCACUUCUCUCUUGGUGAGCUGAAAGAGCUGUUUGUCCUGGAUGAAGCCAGCCACAGCGACACACAUGACAGGCUGCAUUGCCGCCGUUGUGUAAACAGCCGCCAGGUCUGGCCGCCCCCUGAUGGCUCUGACUGCACUUCAGACCUGGCUCAUUGGAAUCAUAGCACAGAUAAACGGGGGCUCCAGGAUGAGGUACUCCAGGCUGCCUGGGAUGCUUCACCUACAGCCAUCACCUUCGUCUUCCACCAGCGUUCUCAUGAGGAGCAGCGGGGCCUCCACUGA